AUGGAGUUCCUAAACGAGUCGUUUGAAGAUCAGAGACACCUCCACCUUUACAACGAGUCUCUGUUUAAUAACUACAGCGAUUAUAACGACGUGGACGACCUGUUCCCACGCAGUGUGAGGAUCACCAUUGCUAUGGUCUACAUGAUCGUUUGCAUGGUGGGACUCGUGGGAAACUGCCUGGUGAUGUAUGUUAUUAUCAGAUACACCAAGAUGAAGACGGCCACCAACAUCUACAUCUUCAACCUUGCUUUGGCUGACGCUCUGGUCCUAGCGACGCUACCUUUUCAGGGCACAGAUGUGUUUCUGGGUUUCUGGCCCUUCGGCAAUGCCCUGUGCAAGGCAGUGGUAUCCAUCGACUACUACAACAUGUUCACCAGCGUCUUUACCCUGACCGUGAUGAGCAUGGACCGCUAUGUGGCCGUGUGUCACCCGGUCAAAGCGCUGGACAUGAGGACACCACACAAAGCCAAGGUGGUGAACAUAUGUGUGUGGUUGCUGGCGUCAGCCAUCGGGGUGCCGGCAAUGGUGCUCGGGGAUGUUGAGGACGACCAUGGUAAGUGCAUUGAGUGCAUCCUGGUUCUGCCUGACCCUCGCAGCUACUGGGACCCAGUGUUUGGAACAUGUGUGUUUCUAUUGUCCUUCCUGAUACCCGUGGCUAUCAUCAGCGUGUGUUACAGCCUGAUGGUGAAGCGUCUGCGCAGUGUACGCAUCCUGUCUGGCUCCAAGGAGAAGGACCGCAACCUUCGGCGCAUCACUCGCAUGGUCCUGGUGGUGGUGGCAGCAUUCGUGGUGUGCUGGACACCCAUCCAGAUCAUGGCUCUGGCUCAGUCUCUGGGUGUGAACCUGGGCAGCGUGAGCACCGUUGUCCUCAUGCACUUCUGCAUUGCGCUGGGCUACGUCAACAGCAGUCUCAACCCGGUUCUCUACGCUUUCUUGGACGAGAACUUUAAACGCUGUUUCCGCGAGUUCUGCCAGCCGCCGUCUCCAUUCGGUCUGAACGCACAGCACCAGUCGGGUCGCAUGCACAGUGUGGCACGUGACGUUGCCUACAACUGCAAGACCACAGAGGCGAACAGUAAUGCGGCAUGACUAGGCGUGGAGCUGCCCCUGGUCAGCCCCGAGCCGCCGCAAAAUACAGGGACAGGCAACUCGAACUCUGAGCUCACUCAGAUCACCACUCUCUAGC